GCCAGAACAAGACAAUUUGAUGCCCUAGGCCAACGAAACCCGCUGUCGAGAUCGCAGACAGAGUGGCACGAAUUCCUACUUGUGGCGAACGAGGAUCCUAACAAAGAUGGCUUGAAAAGAAAAAGUAUACAGGGCUCACGACAAUCCACCUGUCUUUGUGAACAUCACUCUACGACGACAAACCCGUCCAACAUGUCAACGAACCGCUACUCGUCAUUAAAUCGGCGCGCCGCCCCAGCCUCCUCUGCCCUCUUCCAAGACUACCCCGGCUCGCGCCCAUCCUCCUCAUCCUCCGGGCAGAGACCCAGCAGCUAUGCCUAUCCCACAUCACAACAAGCAAGUUCCUCGUCACCCUACCUGACGCCUUACUCCUCCACAAAUGGCCACAGCACUCCUCAAAGGCCGUCAUCCGGAUUCCGCCCAGCGACGCCCAACUCCAAGGGUCAAUACUCCGCUUCCGUCCUCGAGGAACUCGAGUCUCAAAACGAAAUCACUCAAACCACACUCUUGAGUCAAAAAGUCUCGCAACUGAAGUCUCUCACGGUUGCUAUCGGUGAUGAAAUCCGCGACUCGUCCCAGCUCGCGCAGACAAUUAAUGAUACCUUUGAGAAUACGGGCGUGAGGUUACGGGGUACUAUGAGGAGGAUGUUACGCAUGGCAGAGCGGACAGGGGUGGGGUGGAAAGUGUGGGUGAUAUUUUUCAUCGCCGUGUGGGCUUUGUUUGCCUAUGUGUGGCUAUUCUGAGCGGGAAAGACCCAAAAGCUGAACGGUUGGGCGGAAAGGCAAGAGGAGAGCCAGCAAGCGAUGAAGGGUUCAGCUCUGCUAGGCACAGCACUUGGUCUUGGACUGGACCUGGAUCCGCAUCUGAGCGAGCGAGAUCUUGACCUUUUGGAAUCCUUCAGCGCUGGUGCGCCUCAAAAGGACAUUUGGGCGCCGCCUCAUAUCAUGCCAUGAUGAAGGAACCCAGAAAUGAGGCACGAUCCGGCACACGACCUCUUUCGGAAACGACAUCGCCCAAGACCUUUCUCCGAAAUCCACAUUGCGAACCCCAUAUCGCAUUCGGUCAUCCUCGACUCCUCAGCACUAGCCCGCGUUCCGCAAGUCUCUCCCAAUCGCCGUCAUCUUGAGCAGCGGCCUCUCUAUUUCCGACGAAUUACAGAGCUGUAUAUAAUUCACUCUUUCCAUUCCUCCGUCCCCAGAUCCUUUCAAGGCGGCACAAUGCAAAACAGGGCCCAGAGCAAGGCGUUACCGGAGCAAUUUUUGUUGAUUUGUACCAAGAAUCACGCAGCGAAGUUGGCAGGCAGGUACAAAAAAGUGAAUAUGAAUUUCUUGGACCUUUUAAUUCGUCUGGUCUUAGCGUGCUCGUGAUAUCGGCGCCGCGCAGUCUGCGACGCUCGUGUCCGAUCUCCCAAGUACAUCUGUGAAGUAGUGCGAGUUGAUUUGGGAGGGCGAGAGGAAUUUGUACAUGUAAAAUGGAGUCUUUCUUGAAUGAUACCCUUGAGGCCUGGAGUCGGUGCCGACAAGCCACAGACUGACCUUGCGCCG